CAAUUGCGAACCGUUAAACAAAAGGGAAAAAAAUGGCAUGGCGGAGAGUAUGUUGCACUCCAUCUCACAACAACAUAAAUAAAAAAUAGGCCCAGGUAAAAUAUGUAGGAUGGUUUUAGUCCAAUUAACAAAUAGAACAGAAACUUCUAUUGAUAUUUUAAUCUCUAACUACCAUUUACCAAAGUGACGAGGCCAUCUAGAAUGAAUGUCAGAAAGUCCAACUUUACACGCGUUUCUUGGUAGAACAAAAAAUGAGAUCCACAUUGUUUCACUCCCAUUUCGAGGAACCUGUCUGACAAUCUUUUCAUCAUGUAUUUCUAUGUUAAAUUCACCUGUGUGAAUCAUUAUUGUGUACUAUAUAUAUAUCGGCUUCCUCUGCUAAGGUUGCCAUAACCUGCUCUGUCCGCUUCCUCAAUUUAGCUUAAACAUUAGGAGAAUCCUUAUUUUGUUUUCAGUUUCCUAGCUAGUAAAGAAGAAUGGCAGAGAAAGAGCAGCAAGUGCAUCCCCUAGCACCAGCUGACAAGCACCCGAGAAGUGAUGAAGAAUCAGCCUCCAGUUUGCAAUCCAAAGAGCUGAAAAGAAAAAAGAGAAUCAAAUAUGCUGUGUAUAUUGCUGCUUUUGCUGUGUUCCAAACUGGUGUCAUCCUGGUUUUUGCAUUGACUGUUAUGCGCGUUAAGAACCCAAAGGUGAGAAUUGGAAGAGUCACCAUUGAAACGAUGGAAACCAAUAACACCGGAGCCGCUGCUGCUUCGUUUGACCUCAAGUUCAUUGCCCAAGUUACGGUAAAAAACACCAAUUUUGGUCAUUACAAAUUUGAUAACAGUACUAUGACAUUCCUGUAUGAUGGCGUAAUAGUAGGGGAGGCAAUUAUUCCUAAGGCCAGGGCCAGAGCUCGUUCGACCAAAAAAUUGGACGUCACAGUGGAAGUAAACUCCAGGGCAUUGACAACCACUACAGGGUUAGAAUCUGAACUGAGUUCCAAUUUAUUGACAUUGAACAGCCAGGCGAAGUUGAAAGGACAAGUGGAAUUGAUGAAAGUGAUGAAGAAAAAGAAAUCCCCAGAGAUGAAUUGUAUCCUCACAUUCAAUGUGUCAACAAGGAAUCUCCAAGAUCUAAACUGCAAGUGACAACAAUAAUUAUUGCUUAAUUUGUUCUGGUUUUUUUGAAUACUUGCUGAAUUAUGUGAGAAAUUAUACACUGUAACAUAUAAUUUAUUUUUGUGUGUAUACGUAUAUCUUCUUAUAGAGGAUGUCAUUUUACUUCGUUUUUGUAUUUUUUGCUUGCUGGUUUUGGUUCCUGCUUCCUAUUCUUUAACAUUAAUGAUUUUGUUUUUUGGGGGGUUGGGUCACUGGGUUGAAUAUGCAGGAUCUGGUGCUAGAACUCCAAACGAAGUCCAGGGCUUAUCAUCAGGGCCCAAU